GAUGCCUUUUCCAAAGCAAGAAUAUAUUUUAUAGGUUUCUUAGUAUUUGAAUAGAAAAUAUGGACAUCAUUAUUAUAUAUGGAAUUUGAGUGAACAUGAUUAUACAAGAGAGUUAUUUUAGAAUUAGGUUUCAAUGCAUUCUUAUAUUGGAUUUGCAUGUCCUCCACUCUAUGAAUUACUAUUAAUUUGUAAAUGUAUUUUAGAAUGGAUACAACAUGAAGGUAAUAUAGCAAUUGUACAUUGUUAAUAAAAUAAAGGAAGGAGUGCAAUACUUCUUUCAAUAUUUUGGUGUCUUGUUUUUAAAACAAGUAUUGAAGAGAGUUUUUAUAUUAUUGCAAAAGCAUUAGGACUUACAUCUCCAUUGAAAUCUUAACUCAUGUAUAUUCAUAAGUAUUUACAGCAUUUAUUAUCUAAUGGAUAAUUGAAUACUCAAAUUAUUAAGGUGAAAUCUGUUAUCUUAAGUGGAAUUCCAAAGAAGUUUGAAAACUUCAAGCCAUUAUUUCAAGUAUUGGAUAGGAAGGGAAUACUGUAUGAAGAAAAAAAUCAAAUUAUACAAAAAAAUGAACAAUGCAUAUUUAUUCUCCCAAACUUAUAAAUAAGCAAUGAUAUUGUAUUUCGAUGUAAACAUAUUACACCAGAAAAUGAUUUAAUUCCAAUAUUUAGAUUUUAGAUUCAUACUGGAUUCUUAUUCAAAAAUAUAAUUCGUUUCUAAGUAAAUGAUUUAGAUUUUCAAUAAUCAUUUGAUGAUGAUAUAUAUAUUGAUUUAGUAUAUCUUAGAGGAAAUGAAAAUAAUAAUUUACAUGAUUCAGAUAAGUUGAAUUAUGACCAAUAAUCUUUAGAAGGUUAUUAAAUGAUAAAAUAGUUAUUGAAUACUUGUUAGAUGAUGAGUUUAAAUAUUAAAUUUUAAUUAUUCUAAGAAAAUGAUAUCUUUAAUUAGAUUUAAUAGAAUUAAUAAACAAUAUAAUAAAUAUAAAAAUUUGAGCAAUAAGAGGAACCAUCUGAAAAGAACUAAAGAAAGAAUAGUUAAUAAGAAAAAGAGAAUUAGUAAGUUAUAUAGAAUCCAAUUAAAUAAGAAGAUAUUUAUGAGAAAGUACAAGAUUAAGAUAUCAAUUAGAAAGAGAUUGAAAACAAUGAUGAUGAUGAUGAUGAUGAUGAAAUCAUAAUUUGA